CUCAGACAGGACCGUCCUCCAAUGACAUCACCCUCACGCUCAUAGUUUGUCUCCCGUCGCUGUACGCUUUUGAAAGAAAAACAUGAAUGGCUCAUUGCGCUCCAACACGGUGGACAUUAAACUACGGCGAGGGCCGGCAGGUCUGGGUUUCAACAUCGUUGGAGGUGUCGACCAGCAGUACGUCGUCAACGACUGCGGCAUCUACGUGUCCAAAAUUAAAGAAGACGGCGCAGCGGCGCUGGACGGACGACUCGAGGAGGGAGACAAGAUCCUGAUGAUCAACGGAGUGAAGCUGGGGGAUCAGAGCCACAAGGCUGCAGUGGAUCUCUUCAGGACAGCAGGGGAGGAUGUGGAGCUGCACGUCCUCAAAAAGUCUUCCCAUCACGCCAAGGGACCGUGUGACUCCCACGCUGAUUCCUCAUCCUGGGGCUCCUGUGUGGGACUAGCAGCUGUUUUAACGGGAGCUGGCGCUAUGCUGUCCCUGCUUUACCUUCGUCACCUGAGAAGAAACUUCUAAUGUGGUCUUUUGGGAUCAAGCAGCCAAAGAUGGGAGGAAAGUGAGCUUGUGUGCAGUUAGCUGCUGACGCCAAGGAUUUCUUCCCAGCUGGGGCACAUGGCGUCAUGAAGGAAAAGCUGCUGAUGCUCUCCAAGGUCAUGCACAGCUUUUUCACACUGGGGAGUUGGAAGGAUGGACACAGUCCUGACAAAUCCAAAGCAAGCUGCACUGGCCUCGUAGACAGGAUAGUGUUGGUCUACGUGCCACCAUGCCCACCACCUUCAUAUUUCCACUGGGCAGUGCCUUCUCUUGGCCAGUCUUCAUCAUGUUCAUAUAACCUUCAUGCAAUCCUGGACAUCAACACACUAAACGAACAGUAUUCUGUCCUUAAAAACCCUCCAGUCUUCCUCUUUAGCCCAAAAGCUAAUAGUGUGUUCCAACAGGACCAGUAGGUAGAUGUAGUAGUAUUAUUAUAAUUGAUUGCUUGUCUUUGGGAAGUCUAGUGUCAAGUAUUUGUGUUUUCAAGGAAAAAAAAAACCUCCAAUCCAUUUCCCCAAGUGUGCAUAUGGAAUGAUUCAAUGUCAUCACACUUGCUGAUGGAGACCUGCUUGAGCUUCCAUCCAUUGUCUUCCACUUGUCCGGGUCGCAGGGGCAGCAGGCUCACCAGGCAAGUCCAGACUUCCUGGUCUCCGGAUACGUCUUCCAGUUCCACCAGGAGGACACCAAAGCCUUCACAAGUGAGACGCGAUCCCUCCAGUGUGUCGUCCAGGCUGGGCGUGCUAUCAGCAGUAGCCAUAUUCUGCAUUGAACACAACUACUCAGUAUAGAAAUGUGCUCAUGGACUUCCGCCAUACAUCACAAACAGGAAGUCCUGCUCAGAACUGUUCCGUCGUUUCAUGUGGUAUCAGGUAUCCACAUGUAUUAGAUGAGACCCUUGGCUCUCCACCCUCCCUUCGUUGAGCACGGUGAUUUUCACACCAAAGUAGCUGAUAUCCGUUGCAAGUCCAUGAAUACAUUGAGACUGCGUUCUGACUGUGCCUGUGUGUGCACUGUUGCCAACUCGGUGACUUAUUCAAACUGCGAUUAUAAGUUCUAGUGCAUGCAAACGUGCCUGAUGGAAACUGAAGUGACAAAGUGGCGCCACUGGUCCCAAUGUGAAGUUGCUGCAUGCAUGCUUUGUCAUGAUGCAGGAAACCUCACCGUUUCUUGAAAGACCAUUUCCUUUGGGUUUUAGUGGCUCCUACAUGAAUAAAGACAGUAAAUCUAUGAAACAGUGCCUCUUUAUUUUCUCCUGCACUCCAAAAUGCAUAUUUACAUGGCAUGCCACACCAAUACAGGAAUUGACUAUUGACAAUAACAUAAUCUGCUCUGCCAGUUAAGGAUGAGGGUGUUUUUGUGGUUUGUUGAUCCUUUGAAGCAACCUAACAAAAUAUACAAGAGGAAUGAAGCAACAUCCAUUUAUUAAAAAAAAUCUAUCAUGUCUGCAGGAAUCUGCCAGCUUGAGAUGAGAGAGAUGACAUGAAGUAGCAAACAUGGUGUUCCAAGUAGCUUUGUCAAAUACUUGAAACAUGGAGGACAUGUGACAUGGCUCAGAGUGCUGUAGUGUCCUUGUUCACCAGCGCCAGGCCCUUUCAAAAACAAGCGGACUGCAAGAGGAUGGUUACGUAGAAAAGAACAAGAACGCAGGAACAAAUAUUUCGUGUUUCCUUUGAGAAAAAUGACACUUGAUCAGCAUGUCCUCGCUCCCCAUUAAAAAGUCUGUUGUAUUACCACACACACACUUUCACAACCUGUUCCUCAUGCAGUGUGGUGGUGGUGCCAUCGCGUCAGAUGAGCCCCCUCCUCUUCUUGUAGUCCUCCAGGUUGAGUGACCUGCGGGGGGCGCCGUCUUUCACUGGCAGCGCAUUGGAGCUGACAGACAGAGACUUGGCUUCUGCACAGCAGAGGGCAAACGUUAGCUUGGCGGCGUCAGUUUGGCACCGGCACAAGACAAACACACGCAGCACUGCAAUAUACAGACCCAUUCCAAAAAAUUAGAAUGUCAUGGAAAAGUUGUUUAAUUUCCAUAAUUCCA